GGGUGCAGUGAGCACACCCACAUCUGGCUGGGACAGGUGAGGAGCAGGACAGGGGUGUGGUGAGCACACCCACAUCUGGCUGGGACACGGGUGAGGUGCAGAGCAGGGAUAUGGUGAGCACACCCACAUCUGGCUGGGACACGGGUGAGGUGCAGGACAGGGGUGUGGUGAGCACACCCACAUCUGGCUGGGAGACAGGUGAGGUGCAGGGCAGUGAAGGGCGAGGCUCCAGGUGCACCUCGGGUGUGGGGCUGAGCCAGGAGGGCAGGGGGCAGUUGAACACCGCAGAGAGGGGACAGGACAGUCGUGGGUCGGGCAGUCCCCAUCCCUGCCCUGUCACUGUCACUGCCCUAACGCUGCCCGCUCUCCGGCAGCCCCAGCGAGCUGCCUGCCUCCUGCUGCUGCUCCUGCUCUGCUCCCUGGCCGCUGCCCGGCAGAACCUGCCCCACUGCUGCCGGCAGAAAACCUGCUCCUGCCGCGUCUACGACCUCCUGCACGGCAUGGGCAACCACGCCGCCGGCAUCCUCACGCUGGGCAAGAGGAAGAGCGUCCCCCUGGCUUUCCAGAGCCGCCUCUACCGCCUGCUCCACGGCUCCGGCAACCACGCUGCGGGCAUCCUCACCAUGGGCAAGCGCGGGCAGCCCUCGGGCACCGCCUGCCCCGAUGCGUUGGGCUGCCCUGCGGGCACGGUCACCCAGCCCACAGCGGUGCCACGGGGCGCUGCCACCAGCCCUGAGAGCCCCAGGGAGUGCCAGGGACACUCAGGGAAGGACCUGAGCGCCAGUCGGGGAGCUGCGAGGAGCUUUUAUUGAAUGGGAUGGGGGCAGCGGGACACACAGAGGGGGUCCCUGGCAGGACGGGCUGCGGGCACACACAGCCGAGCUCGGUGUAAAUAGCACUUUUAGAUACCUCCUCCCUGCCCUGGCCCUGGCCCAGCCUGCUCAGGGCACCGCGGGCACCGCGGCCUUUUACAAUAAAUGGUAGCCUGAUGUCA